AUGGUAGAACUGAUAUUUUUCACCCUGUUUUUCGGCUGGACGGGCAUCGAUCUCUCCCAGGUUCCGCCGGAUGAGGAUAUAAAUCCGGGCAAGCACUCGCUGGGAGUGCACUGGGUCACUUCUGUGAUCAAGAUGCCGACUGCGCGGAUUCCGGAUCUACCCUCACUGAAUCUGCAGCUGGCGAGCGAGAUGGCCUCCAUCGGUGGACUUGGCCCGGUGGCGACUGGCACUCCGGCACAGGUCGCAGGUGUGAUGGUGGCGUGGAUCAACGAGGCUGAUACUGACGGGUUUGAAAUACCUUACGUGAUCACUCCGGUACGUUUGAAGAUGUCAUCGACCUGCUCGUUCCCGAGCUCCGGCGUCGCGGACUUUAUCCCGCGAAGGCUGAGGCCACGGAUCCUUUAG